GCUGGGGGCCUCUGCUCGGGGCACGCAUGGCGCCCGCACACGGAGUCUGACCUGAUGCGGACGCAAGGGGGUUAAUAUGAACGGCCCUCUCGGUGGAAUCUGGCUCUGGCUCCCUCUGCUCUUGACCUGGCUCAGGCCUGAGGUCAGCUCUUCAUGGUGGUACAUGAGAGCUACAGGCGGCGCCUCCAGGGUGAUGUGUGACAAUGUGCCAGGCCUGGUGAGCCGCCAGCGGCAGCUGUGCCACCGACACCCGGAUGUGAUGCGUGCCAUUGGCCUGGGCGUGGCAGAGUGGACAACGGAGUGCCAGCACCAAUUCCGCCAGCACCGCUGGAACUGCAACACCCUGGACAGGGACCACAGCCUCUUCGGCAGGGUCCUGCUCCGAAGUAGUCGGGAAUCUGCCUUUGUUUACGCCAUCUCCUCAGCUGGAGUUGUAUUUGCCAUCACCAGGGCCUGUAGCCAAGGAGAAUUAAAAUCCUGUUCCUGUGAUCCAAAGAAGAAGGGCAGUUCCAAGGACACCAGGGGCACCUUCGACUGGGGCGGCUGCAGUGAUAACAUUGACUAUGGGAUCAAGUUUGCCCGCGCGUUUGUGGAUGCCAAGGAGCGGAAAGGCAAGGACGCCAGAGCCCUGAUGAACCUGCACAACAACAGGGCCGGCAGGAAGGCUGUGAAGCGGUUCUUGAAGCAAGAGUGCAAGUGCCACGGUGUGAGCGGUUCCUGUACGCUGAGGACGUGCUGGCUGGCCAUGGCCGACUUCAGGAGGACGGGCGACUACCUGUGGAAGAAGUACAACGGGGCCAUCCAGGUGGUCAUGAACCAGGACGGCACUGGCUUCACUGUGGCCAACAAGAGGUUUAAGAAGCCAACGAAAAAUGACCUCGUGUAUUUUGAGAAUUCUCCAGACUACUGUAUCAGGGACCGAGAUGCAGGCUCCCUGGGCACGGCCGGCCGUGUGUGCAACCUGACCUCCCGGGGCAUGGACAGCUGCGAAGUCAUGUGCUGCGGCAGAGGCUACGACACGUCCCGCGUCACGCGGAUGACCAAGUGCGAGUGCAAGUUCCACUGGUGCUGUGCCGUGCGCUGCCAGGACUGCCUGGAGGCCCUGGACGUGCACACGUGCAAGGCCCCGAAGAGCGCCGAUUGGGCGGCACCCACAUGACCCCAGUGGCCGUCGCGGUCCACCUUCCCUCCAAGGACUCCCCGGAUCCGCAGGGACACUGGGCCUUUGGAUUCUCUCAGGAGGCACGUGGCCUUGGUCUCCGCAGAAGCCUGUCCCGCCUGCCUGGGGUCCGGGACUGGGGCCACAGGCUGCAGGAGAGCGCGCCCCGCCCUCUCUGCCGCCAGCUUUCUAGGCACCUCUCUGCCCUUUCAUGACAGGCUGUUCCAGGGGGAGGGGUGUGGGCCAGGUCACUGUCUCCACCCACCAGACGGUUCCUCUUCCCAGAGCUGUUGGCUCCUGGGAGAACCAGUGUCUCAAAGGAGCUUUCCCUGUGUUUCCCACAAAUGCUCAUGGAAAAUCCAUGCUUCUCUCUGGAGAGUAAGGUCAGGAAAGCAGGACCAAGUGCCUCUGAAUUAGCUUCAAUUUGUAAGACCAAGCAAGGCUUGUGCCAGACCGACCCCGUGAUGGUCACAGCCUCCAGGGGAAAUCGGCGAUGACCUGGAGAAGGGCGGCUUUCAAUAAACGUCAGGGGUAGAAUGCAUUGGGAGCAGCGAUAGCAGACGCCUCAGAAAAGGACAGCCUUGCAUGGCUGUCCUCUCAGUAUAAAGAACUUGUGGGGAAUGAGACUUCUUUCUCACGUAGGAUCAGGAGAGUUGAGAAAACUGACACUCUGUCAGCAUUCUGCAACUGUUGGGUGAAGAUGGAGGAAAAGAACGUAGUGAAUAGAGUAUCCGAAAAUGUGUUUGUACAGAUACGGAAAAGGGGAGGGGAUCAGAUUCCUACCCGGGAUGAUGCCUGUGACCUAUGGGAUUUUGUAACUAAAUGGCUUGGAGAAGGAGAACUUUGGGGAUUACAAGAGCAGGGAACCAAAAUGCUGACGGAGAGGUUUCCAGAGCUAAGUCCUGCCCAGACAGCCUCUGCCAUAAGCAGAUGGUUGGCCACGUGUGCAGAGGAGUACCAGCUAAGACUCACCACCCUUCACAUGCAUUUUAAAGACCUGACAUAUGUAAUUGUGUUCAUUUGAUGCUGACGAGAUGACAAAACACCGUAGCCUAAAGCAAAUGACACGUAGCCUUGCUUAUAAAGUUGGUAACCCUGGUAUGUUCUAUGGCAAACAAAUUGUAACUUGGAGACUGUAUUUAAGAGGCCCAGCUAUCAUUAUGGGAACAUCAGUGUACAGGCUGUGGUUGGCUUCUGCCAUGAGCUGAAAGAUGACUAUCUGGGGGAAAUGGAGAGGCUGCCCGUCCCGUUUUGAGUAUUACAUUUAAAAAAUGUGAAAUAUAUGAAGGUCCUUCUCAUCCCCUCCUACAAUUUGGUUCUUGUUCAAAAUGUGAUCGCUUCACAGAGCUAUGUUGAGUCACAGGAUGCUUCCUUAUAUGCAUCUGACACCAAAUUAUUAAUACUUGCUCAUUCUUUACUUCUUUGGCCUCUGGUUUCUCUAUCCUCACUUCACAGCAGGACAUGUAGACGGAGGCCUGUGGGGAACAACUUGCUGGAGGACUUUGCCGUAGGGGAUAGUCGCCUCCCAGCCCUCUUAACAAUGACUGCAUCCAUGUCUUUUCCCUCCCCCCCGCCAAACCCCACAAUUAGUUGUCUACUUUUUCCAAAGAGGCUCUUGCUCUUUUUAUCCUAUGGAUUCAAAAGGGCAAGAGUGGAGUGUGACAGUAGCUACUCUGAGUUUAGUGGGGUCUGUGGGGAGUGGGAAGGCCAGGCAAGCGGGCUCAGUCCUAGCUACACGGAAGCUUGCUAUGAAUGCCUCGCUGGGAGGGCAAAGGGGCUUUCAUGGAAUCCCAAAGCCAUUAGCCCUUCUUCCUGCUGGAUGAACUGUGAAGUUAAAGAUCCAGGGAUGUAUUUAGACAUGGAAAGGGGCCUAGAGACAUCUCAGCUGCCCUCAGUUUAUAUCUGGAAAACUGAGACCAGGGAUCUGUGCCAGUAUCAGCCCUUACUCCAGUGCUCCAUCACAAACAGGACCACUCUGAGUAUUCCAGAAAGUUAAGCACUUUAUCUAUUACAUAAAACUAGCUUGUCUCAGGAUCAACGCGGUAGAUUCUAAACAAUUUUAGCAUCCAAAGGCAAUGUUCCUGGGAUGCAAAUCUGACUUUCUUUUUAUGCGGAAGUGCAUCCUCCCUGACAAGGAGCAAGGGGAUAAGGCAUAUCCAUGUUCACAUCUGCAUAAAUUGUCCUAAUUUGUAAAGGAGACUCUGCCAACCAUCUAAAGCAGCAGCAGAUGUGGCCAUUGUGGAGGGCAUAAGAGAGUGAAGUAUUUUUAUCUGCUCUUUCUGAAAGAGGAAAUCUCCAUUAUUUGAAAAAAAUGAGAGGGUGGCGGUGAAGAUAAUUUCAAAUUCAGUUUUGUUAGGGCUUAGUGAGAAUUGAUAUUCCUUGAUUGAAUACAUGGCAUAAACUACCCAAAACAAAAUAAGAGAUUCUAUUCAGGUCAAAUCCUCUUACAAAUUACCUCCCAGUAAAAUGUCUUAUUUAUAAAUUGACGUUUUUUAGGCCCAAGAUGAUAUCCAUUAAUUAAAUUCCACACAAUAGGAGAUCCUAAUUCACUGAAGUGUCUUCAAUAAAGACAAAAGUCUGAACGUGACUCUGAGACUUAGCAAAUGGGUUGUUCUCUUCAGUAGUUUGCCUCCCUGAAUGAAUCUGUGGUGCAGACCGAUCUGUCUUCUGUGAACACACUUGUCAAGCACAUUGCAGUUACAGCCCCCUGGACAGCCUCACGCUCUGAAAGCCUCGAUGCCCUGCCUUCAGAGACCAGCUUACCUGCUCAGAUGCCUUAAGCUCAAGCACAAAAGCCCCCAGUGCAAUUACCACACUCAGCUCUGGCUCUGUGCCCCUUGGGAGGGGGAGCCUGGCAUGUUAUUAGACCACAGAAGAUUCAGGAUGGGUGUGGGAGGGGCAUAGGGCACCCCAGAGCACUGACUAUCUUAUACAAGUGUCGCCAGAUUGAAAUGAGCAUCCCGGAAGGAUCUAUCAAAUGGCAAUGUACUCCGCAAGGAGCCAGAUGAUGGGAAGGGGAGUGAGAGGGAAAGGGCGGGUAGCUGUUGGCAAGUGAUCGGCUGAGCACUUGUUGGUAACCUCCACCCUUCCUUCUGCUGUAACCACCCCCCUCCUCCCCUCCCAGCACCGUCUUUGAGGCUCAGAGCCUCAGGCCCUUGCCCAGAUCCUCUGUACCUAUUGCGUGGCUCUGCUAGAGUCUGUGACAUUCAUUUUAAGAGAUGUUUUCAAUUGUCCCAACCGUAUUUCUUUUCAUUGGAGUUACUAUGUAGCUCGAAAAUGUCACAUUUCUUUUUCAAAGAAGAUAGCUUUAAAGUCAGAAAAUCUACCUUCACAUUGAGAUUUCUCAAUCGUAUUAACUUACUAAGAAUCUUACCUCAACUCCAUGAGACCUACAGUAUGGACUUUCUCUCUCCGAGGCAGCCAACAUGAUUGUGCAUGCGCUUGCGCUUGAUGGCAUUUUCAGGCCAGGAUUUUGUUAUUACUUCUCAUUUAUUAAAGGCUGGCCCAGGGCUGGUGUUUUCUCACUCAGCUGAAGAACAUUCAUCUCCCCUCUUGCUCGCUCUCAACAUAAAGGCUCAGAGAGGCAUCCAAUGGACCAGAACCAUUCUUUUGUAUUUGUUUACUGUACUUCAACCUGGCUUUUCUUAUCUUAAGAGCAAGAGUUGCGCACUUAACCAAUAGAUGUCACUGGUUCCAGAACCGGUGAAUUGCUUCUGUCAGGUCUGUGCUGACCUUCUGAAGAGCGAUGCACGGUGGGAGCUGACAGCUGAGGCGUGCUGAUCCUGACCUCCUUCCCUCGGCAGAGAAAUUUUCAGUCAGCCAUGAGAAUGUUCUUUACAUUUUUCUGGGGAUCAGCGAGUUGACAGGUGGUUUGCAAAGCCCAACAUGAUCCUUGUUUUUCUAAAUCAUUGUUGUUCCAGCUCUAGGGUUUCCCCCCCUGAUAUUCACGUGGACUCCUGUUUAACCAAACCUCCCACUUCCACAAGCUAAUAAAAGUGUCACGCAGA